GUGUUUAUUUGAGUGGCAUUACAGACUGUAUUGAAUGUGACUAAAAUGAUUUUUGUAAAGCACUUCAAAUGAACAGUUCUUCCUUGAUUGCACAACAUCCAUGCAGGGAAUCACUUUCAGCCUAUGUAUUAUGAGUUCAAAACAUGCAAGUGACAACUGAAAUAUCUGCAGUUACUUGUCUACUGUUGUCUGUGCUGAGAACCAAUGCAGAUCACUAUGACUAUCCGACUGCAACCCUGGAAUUUCUCCAAGUUUCUCGAGGGCAGUACUUUAGCCUGAGAAAGAAAGGUGGUACUGUAGUACUGAAGGGACAUGUCAGUUGUGGAUUAUCACAUGCUAACAUUACAACCACACAAACUGCAUCAUGUUUCCAUUUUUCCACAAUUGGAACUUCAGUUGAUGAUGUUCUUGAAGACUGCAUUGAUUUAGAUGAGGCUCAUUGGUACGGUGGCCCAGAACAGUACAACCAAUACUGGCCUUUGGAUCAGGUUACAUUUGAUGACUAUUCUUUUGUUACCAAGUCCCAAAAUAGCCAAGGAAUUGCAGAGCCCUACUGGGUCUCAUCUAAAGGCAUUUACAUUUAUGUACAACCAAGAGUUCCAUUGUUCAUUGAUAUGAACAAUAAAGCCAUCAAGAAGCUCUGCCUCAGAGCUAAAAGUGUGGCACCUUAUCCAAAUACAAUUAAACCUACUCUCAAUUAUACCAUUUGUUCCUAUCAAAAUGCUAGAGAAGCUCAUGAACAUGCUGCUCGAGCAGUUCUGGGAAAGCCCAGUGGUUAUCCUGAUGAGCGUAUGAUAAGAAAUCCCAUUUGGUCAACAUGGGCCAGGUACAAAAAAGAUGUUAAUGAGACAGCUAUUUUGAAUUUUGCAGAACAGAUUCUAGCACAUAACUUCAACAACAGUCAAUUAGAGAUUGAUGAUAAUUGGGAAGAAUGUUAUGGAGCCCUUUCUUUUGGGCAAAGCAAGUUUCCAAAUCCUAAGAAUCUGACUGACACCCUGAAAGCAAAAGGUUUCAGGGUCACCCUAUGGGUUCAUCCAUUUAUCAAUGUUAUGUGUAAUCCAUGGUUUCAAGAGGCAGAGAUUAAAGGUUACUUUGUACAUAACACAGACAACAGUACAUAUACCUCCUGGUGGAAUGGGGUUGGUGGUAUCAUUGACUUCACAAACACAAAUGCUGUCAAAUGGUAUGUUAGUCGCCUGAAGACACUGAAGGAAGAAAGUGGAAUUGAUUCAUUCAAGUUUGAUGCUGGUGAAACAAGCUGGCUACCACAACUCCCACGACUCAAUGCCAGUUUGAAGGAAAUACCAGGAAUAUACACAAAACGUUAUGUACAAACAGUAUCCAAAUUUGGACCAAUGAUAGAAGUCAGAGUUGGACAGCAAAGUCAGAAUUUGCCAAACUUUGUACGCAUGCUGGAUAAAGAUACUAGAUGGGGCAUAAACAAUGGACUUAAAACUCUAGUAACAACAUUAUUACAAAUGAAUAUGGUUGGAUAUUCUUUGGUGCUCCCUGAUAUGAUUGGAGGAAAUGGCUAUGGAAAAACACCUACAAAGGAACUCUUCAUUCGCUGGCUGCAGGCAAAUGUAUUCAUGCCUUCACUGCAAUACUCUUAUGUGCCAUGGGAUUUUGAUAAUGAGACUGUAGAGAUUUGUAGGAACUAUACAGAUUUGCAUGCCCAAUAUGCUAACAAAAUCAUAGAGCUAGCUGUUAAGGCAACACAAGAUGGAUCUCCUAUCAACCCUCCAAUCUGGUGGAUAGAUCCUACAGAUGAGACUGCACAAGUCGUAGAAUCAGAGUUUCUACUUGGAGAGGAUAUUCUUGUAGCUCCAAUGCUGGAUGAAGGUGCUACAAGUCGUGACAUUUACUUACCCACUGGACAAUGGCAAGACAAACUCCGAUCACACACAUUAACUGGGCCAACUUGGCUCAGAAAUUACAAAGUAGCUUUGAAUGAGCUGGCAUAUUUCAAAAGAAUACCAAACUUACCAGAAGAUUUAAACCCUGUUACAGACAGUGUAAUCAAGACAUAACUAUCUUAAAAUUAUUGUAGCCAUUAAUUAAAGCAUAGUAAAUUUAAAUGUAAA